AACACGCACACACUCAUGACAUACGCUGGGAGGGCAGGGCUAGAUCUCGCAGCACAAAGAGAGCCGAGCUCGCUGCGUCUUCAAGCGAGUUCCCGGUACUUCUUCUUCCUCCGCGGGGACGCGCGGCGGCUUCAACGCUUCGUAAAGUUGGGAAGUUGGCGAAGUUCGGAAGUUUGCCUCUCGACGGCCUUUGUUUGGAAACAGUCCUCAGAUGAAAAGAGAUAGCAGGAGGACAGCGGAGAGGGAGACAGACAGACAGUCAGAGCGACAGAGGCAGAAGGGAGGAAGUGUCCUUCCUUCUGUCCAUCAUCCAGCCCUCCGCCAGCCCUCCACCCCUCCACCCCUCCACCAUCCACCAUGUUGUCAAGGCGACGGCUGUGCGUUGUAGCUGUCUCCACUGUGGUCCUCUUGAUAGCCAGUCAGAGGAUCCACAGAGCAGACCUCUUCCUGGCCACGCCCCCAAAACCAGGCUCCAGUCCAAAUACCUCCUCUAACUCAACAGCUAUCCAGCAAGCAGCUGCACUCCCUGGGCAGCCGUCUUUAGGCGAGGCCCAGGCUGAGGCUCAAGGGCCGGGCCAACCAAGGCUGGAGCAGACCCCUUCUACAGAGAGGUGUGGCUGUGACAAGGGGUGUGUCCGAGAGACGGAUUCUUCUGAUUGGUUCAGGCAGCAUUUCGACCCUCGCCAGCUUCCUGUCCUCAACUCCACUCACAUCCUGGAGCCCCAGACUCUGAGCUGGUGGCUGGGUUUACAGAGCAACGCUGACAAACAGAAGCUGGAGGAAGUGAUGUCACAGCUCUUCCAGGUAAUCCCUCCCCCUUCCCUGGACCUCCGGCCCCUCCCUUUCCGUUGCCAUAGCUGCGCAGUUGUUGGAAACUCUGGCAACCUGCGUCACUCUGGACAUGGAAAGAUGAUCGACUCACACACAUCAGUCUUCAGGAUGAACAAGGCGGUGACCUCAGGAUUUGAGGAGGAUGUAGGAAACAGAACAACGCAUCACUUCCUGUACCCGGAGAGUGCCGUUGACAUCGUGGGCGGAGCCAGCCUGGUGCUACUGCCCUUUAAGAUCCGAGACCUGCAGUGGUUAACCAGCGCCCUGUCUACUGGCACCAUCACCAUGACCUAUAUGAGAGUGAAGGACAGAGUUAAAGCAGAUAAAGAUAAGGUGUUGGUGGUGAAUCCAGAGUUCUUUAAGUACUGUCAUGACCACUGGACGGAGCGUCACGGUCGCUACCCCUCCACCGGCCUGGUGGCCCUCAUCUUCGCCCUGCACACCUGUGACCAGGUGUCUCUGUAUGGCUACGGGGCGGACAAGAACGGGAACUGGCACCACUACUGGGAGGAGAACCGCUUUGCGGGCGCCUUCAGGAAGACCGGCGUCCACAGCGCCGAGUACGAAACCCAGAUCAUCCAGCGCCUGGCCCAAGAGCACAAGAUCACCCUGCACACCUGACACCACCCAAAACAUGACCCCGCCCAAAACCUGACCCCACCUCGAGCGGUCCCACAGAGGGGAGGCCCUGUCUGCCCACAGGAGGACCAAAGAAUUAGAACGGCUCCUUUCAAGGAGAGCGAAACCGAGACCGUCGGACGUCAUUCAGCUAGGAGCUCCACCCAGCUUCACCUGUUGUGUCUCCAACACCAGCCGGCACCACCCAGCUUCACCUGUUGUGUCUCCAACACCAGCCGGCACCACCUGUUUCUCUCUCCAUUCACUAUUAUCACGAUGUGCCUUGAUAGCCUAGAGCGAUCACAACUCGUCCAAGUGAACUCAUGAUUUUAAAGUCAUCACAUUUUCGUAUCACAUGAAUAUUAAAUGAACACAUCCAAGUAACACGUGAUUAUAAAGUAAUCACAACUACGUAAAUACAUGAAUGUUGAGUGAAGUCGUCUAGGUAGCAAAUUGAUAUUCAGUUGCUUAGACCAAGAACCAAGCGUUAAUCACAAUAACACGAUGGUUUUGGUCUGGUCUGCAUCGCCUUGCUGGCUAUCAUUUCAUCACGAAGCAGACAGAAAUGGCUAUAUGAAGAAUAUGAACAAUGAAAAACAUUGCUGAGUCGUAAGUGUUUAUGUGUAUAAAUUAUUCAGACGUUUUGAACUCUCGCCGACGUUCUCCGAGGAAGGAUGUCUUCACCCAAAGGUUCCCUCGACCGGCCGGACGGUGAAGACUGUGAGCAGAACGUUGGUGGAGCUCGACGGUCGGCUUGAGUUCACCAAAGAAACCUUUUGUCACGUCACGACGUCAGGAGACGGACGCCAUGUUGAUCUAACCCCGACACCAACCGACGCCACCGGAUACCCCAACACCAACCUAACACCGCUCCACACCUUAACACCACUGGAUACCCCAACACCACCCUAACAGCACUCCACACCUUAACACCACUGGAUACCUCACCACCCGAAGACCACUCUAUACCCCAACACCAACACCACCCGAAGACCAAUCUAUACCCCAUCACCACCCUAAGACCACUCUAUACCCCAACACCACCCUAAGACCACUCUAUACCCCAACACCACCCUAACAC